UAGAUGAUUUACCUGGUUACAGUUGGGGUGCAGCUGUUCUUGGUCUCUUGUAUAGGCAGAUGUGCCGGGCGAGCAUGGGCAUCCAACGAGACAUUGCCGGAUUUUUGCCGUUGCUGUUUGGGCCUGGGAGCGGUUCCUGCAAUUGCAGCCACCUCUACCACCCAUCUCUCCGGAUGCACCACCUCCACCGUUUCUCCCUUUAGCUAGGAGGUGGGUUGAUAAGCGAGGCUACGGACGCGAGGUCGAGGGUCGACAUAAUCUCCCCUAUUGCAGGGAUUUGUUGGAUUUGUUGGCGGGCAUGCAAGUACAUGUAUACUUAAGUUUACUUGGCCUGGCUUUAUAUGUGUUGCGUAUAAUCACGAUUCCUGUUUUUACUUAAUAGUUCAUUUGGAGGCCAUAUAACGACGAGCUAAUAGCUGGUUUGCAAGAUUAUUGCUCGACCGGCCGACUUAUGUGGAGCUCUUUCGUCCCGUUGAUGUGUCUCGAUAUUGUCGAGCAUCAUGCCACUGAGCGAGUCCUUCGCCAGUUUGGUCGACCCCAGCUUGUACUUACUCCGCCCGCUUGGCUUAGGACACAUUGCUAGCGGGAUGAUCGUUCCAAGGUUGACCAGACAUACGUGGCCUGGCUAGAGGUGCAGAUUGAUAUUUGGGACCGUUGGCAUGACCUGAUUCCGCCACCCCCUCCACCAAAGCAUACGGAUGGUGAGCAUGAGUAUAUGGUCUGGUACCACAGCGUUACCCGACUUUUCAUCGGGAAUCUCGUUCAUCACGCCGGCGGUCGGUACAUUCCAUACACCGGGAGGCUAUUGGCUUACAUCUGUUCUACCAGUUAGGGCUGCAGAUGCAGCAGUAUACCGGCGAGGGAGCGGCCGCUUUGCAUGAGUAUGGCUGCCAGGUUACAGAUCUGGCUUCCCGGACAUGGAGGCGAGCCCGAGAUGACGAGCGCUUAGGACACGAGGCUAAUUAUCUGCUGCCAGAGCAGUACCAUCCUGGGCCAGUAGUGGAGCCUGAACGUGAUCGACGUGGCAGGCGUGCCCAGAGAGAAAGAGGUGUCCCACGAGGUUGUGGUGGUCAGUGGGGACGUGGUCCCCAACAACGGGGCGUUGAGCCACCUGUUGAGGAUUUUGGAGUUGAUCAUCCGGGUGACCACCCUGAGCCAGACAAUGCUCCUCAUGAUAUGCCGUCAUUCAGCCUUCAGCUAACGCCAGGGACUUCACAGGUGUACUCGUCAGCUCCAUUGUUGAUCGCGGGCACGACCAUUAUGCGACAAGAGUGGGAUAAGUACUUUCCUGGUCCCCCAGAGCCAUCGAGGGUUGUUGAUGAUCGUCCGACACGAGAUGUGCAUAGUGGGCGCAGACUGAGUUAUGGGUCAUCAUCGAGGGAUGCCGAAGAUCUUUCACAGACAUCAUCCUCGCCCGUCACGGAGGCUACUUUAUGCGAUACUGACAUGGCUGAGAUGGAUGAUUAUAUUGAGGAGCCCGCCGAGACCAUGGUUACUGCUGGACCGAGCCUGCCAGCCUUAUCGACGAUCAUGCUGAAGCUCAUCCUCCGAUAAAGAGGCGACGUGAUGAGGAUGAUCCUGAUAGUGUAGCCGGGCGGGAUGGGAUGUGCCUCAGGCCAGCCAAUGCUUUAAAGCAUACAGGCUGUGGGACACAUUGGCAUUUUUUAUUAUCUGUACAUAUGACAUUCAGUAUAUAUUAGCAACAUUAUUUAUGUUUUACA